UAAAGUUUACGAAAAAGUACAAAAUCCUCCUCCAAAACUCCCUCUCUUAGCGGUCAACUUUCGUUUUAAACCCUUCCAAACCUUAUAACUGAAUAGUACUUUCAAAGACGAUUAUAAUGAAUAUAAAAUCGUUAAUCAAAUCUUGUUUAGUGUCGAAGAAAUUUUAUCUUCCAAAAACCCAAAAAAGUGUCAGCUGUCUAUCAUUUAAAAUGGAGAAACUUGGAGACCCCAAAUUGCCCACUCCAUUCGGAUCUCUCCUCAAAGUUUUUAAACUUUUAUUAAACUAAAAGCUGUGCCUAUUGGUACAAGUCCUACAAACUCUGAAAGCUUCAUUCGAUUCGCAUGAAGUCGGCGUAAAGUCGGGUACGUUCCCGAAAGAACAAUCCACUAAAUAUAUGCAUAAAAGGCGGAAUUUCAUAGCAAAAUCAUAACAGAUAGUUCUUUCAAGUUCUUGAAAGAUCUUUGAAAAGAUUACAAUAGUUUUAUUUUUUUAUGUAUAUGCUCUAUCGUUUUAUCUGAAAACAUGGUUAUCUCGGCAACAUCGAUCAAUAGAUGGCGUGAAAAUUUUGAUUGGAUGAUUAUUGGAGGACUUGAAUAUAUGUUUGUAAAAUGGCGUUACUUUUCAUCAUUAUUCUAUAUUUAAUUCGAAUUGUUUAAUCAAUUUUCUCCGAUUCAGAUUACAUUCAAGUCUUAUUUUUAAUUCGUGAGUGUUUUGUGUGUUUUAUUUUUUAUCUCUUUCGAAUUCAAAUAGAAGUUCCUAAUCGAGAAGGAAACGAAAAUAUCUAUAAAAUUUUCUUCUUGAUUGAAAUUACAAAAAACAAAGAAAGAAUUGUCCUUAUUUAGAAGCUCAUCUACGUACAAUAUCAAUCCUACACACAAACAGACGUUUCGUUUUCCAUGGAUUCGUUUUUGUAUUUUGAAAAUAUCAUAGUUUAUCAUUCUAGGAGUGGUUCUACACAAUCAAUUCCUAUUUUGCACCCUUUACCCUCUAUAUUAUUCGAUUUGAUCAAGGAAAUGGCUGAUGAUACUGAAAUUGAACGUAUGCUUGAAGAAAAAAUGCAUGAAGAUGAACAAAUAAAUAAACAUCAAAAUGGAGAAAAAAAGGAUAAAGAUAAAGAUAAAGACAAAGAUAAAGAUAAAAAACAUAAAAAACAUAAACAUCACAAACAUCAUAAAACACAUAAAAGUGAUAAAAAACAUGAUCGAAAACGAAGUCGUUCACCAAUUAAUGAACGUCGUCGUCGUUCACCAACACCACCAACAUUAUCCAGUGGUAAACGACGUGAUGUUAAUUCUGAAUUACAUCAAUUAGCUCAAACAUUAAAUCGACAAAGCAAUUCAAAAGAUCAUUCAACAUCAAAAUCAACUCGUCGUGAAAAAUCACCCGAAUUAACACCAGAAGAACGAGAUCUUCGGACAGUAUUUUGUAUGCAAUUAGCAGCGAUGAUUCGACCACGUGAUCUUGAAGAAUUUUUUUCACGUGUUGGUAAAGUUCGUGAUGUACGUUUAAUUACAGAUCCUCGAACACGUCGAUCAAAAGGUGUUGCUUAUGUUGAAUUUCGUGAUUUAGCCUGUGUUCAAGCGGCUCUUGCUUUAUCUGGUGAAAAAGUUCUUGGUAUACCAAUUAUUGUUAAACCAUCGAAUGCUGAAAAAAAUCGAUUAGCAGCACAAGCAGCUGCAGCUGCUGCUGCUCAAAAUUCAGUUAUGACUAAUGGUAUAACAGCACUUUCUGGAACAGUUGUACCAACACAUGGACCUAUGAAAUUAUAUGUUGGUUCAUUACAUUUUAAUAUAACUGAAGAUAUGUUACGUGGUAUAUUUGAACCAUUUGGACGUAUUGAUAAUAUUACACUAAUGAAAGAUCCUGAUAGUGGUCGAUCAAGAGGAUAUGGUUUUAUUCAAUUUGCUCAUGCAGAAGAUGCUAAACGAGCAAUGGAAAAUUUAAAUGGUUUUGAAUUAGCUGGACGACCAAUGAAAGUUGGUCAUGUUACUGAACGACCAGGAGAUGUGACUGGUUCAGUCGGUACAACAUUUCCAACAUAUACCGGUGGUGUUGCAUCAUCAUUUACAUCUUCAUCGAAUCUUGAUUCUGAUGAUCUUGACCAUCGUGGUAUUAAUUUAGGUGCAACUGGACGUUUAGCUUUAAUGGCUAAAUUAAGUGAAGGUAGUGGUUUACAAAUGCCAAAACAUGCUAUUGAUGCUUUACAAGCUGCACAUAUGCAAGCAGCUGGUUCUCAACAUGUUCGUAUACCUGAACCACCUAAUCCACAACAAUUAGCAACAGUAACAGCUGUUAGUACACUAUGUUUUAUGCUUUCAAAUAUGUUUGAUCCAACUACAGAAGCUAGUCAUAAUCCCGAUUGGGCGAAAGAAAUUCGUGAUGAAGUUAUUGAAGAAUGUAAUAAACAUGGUGGUGUUGUUCAUAUUUAUGUUGAUGAAAAAAGUUCGGAUGGAAAUGUUUAUGUUAAAUGUGCGACUAUUGCUAGUGCGAUCAAUGCAGUCAAUUCACUUCAUGGUCGAUUCUUUUCUGGUCGUACUGUCGUUGGAAAUUAUAUACCAACUCAAUCUUAUCAUAAACUUUUUCCUGCAGCAAGUACAGCGACAACACCUCUUACUCCUUCAUAUCAUUAG